UAGAUGGAUUUGGGAUGAUGGUGCGCAAGAGUGGGCUCGAGCUGGCCCUAUGACUGUUGCUUUGAAACGUCUUGAUAAUUCACAGGAGAUUUCAAGUUCUUUCAUUAAUCAGAUUAAAGCAUAUCACAAGUGUUUACAAUCGGAUUUAAUGGCUGACACAUUUGGAAUUACGAAAGAUCCAACAUCUAAUUAUAUGAUUAUUAUGAAAUACUACAAAAACGGUAACUUGUAUCAAUACCUUGAUCGUUCCAAUGGAAUCCUUUCUUGGAUUAAUAUAAUCGAUACAUUAUGGGGAAUCGCUAGAGGGCUUGAAAAGAUUCAUGCUGAAGGAAAAGUUCAUAGAAACCUUCAUGGAGGAAAUUUACUUGUUGACGAAAAAUUUUUGAUAGGUACUCGUAUUGCUGAUGUGGGUCUUCAUGGUCCAUGUUAUUACCAUGAAAAUAAAAGCAUAUGUGGAGUUUUACCAUAUAUUGCGCCGGAAGUUUUACGUGGUGAAGAUUAUAGUACUGCUUCUGAUAUAUAUUCAUUUGGUAUUAUUAUGAAUACAUUUUCAACUGGAAAAAGACCUUGGUAUAAUAGAGCUCAUGAUAUUAAUUUAGCAAAAAGCAUUUGUGAUGAUGAAAGGCUUGAAAUUCCAGAGGAUACACCAAAAUUUUAUGCAGAAUUAAUGCAACAAUGUUGGGACAAUGAUCCGGGAAAACGUCCAACCGCUUCUUACUUGAAUGAAAAAUUAGGAGAAUGGAUCACAUUAAUUUGUGAUAAUCCAAAUCCUUCAGAAAUUUUUGAUGAAUAUUCUAUUGCUGAAAAUAGGAGACAAAUAAUAAUUUCUCAAUUAUCUGACAAAAAUACUCAUCCGGAGAUACAUCCAGAAGCGUAUUACACAAGUAGACCUUUGUGGUUUUUGGAUCCUUAGUGAUUAUCAGUUAGUUAUAAUUUAAAUUAUUUAAUUUUUUUUUGAUUUGUAUUUUAUAUCUCAUAUAAUUUUAUCAAUAAAAACAUUAAAAAAGUUAUAAUUAUGUAAUAAUUUAUAUUUAAUUUU